UACAAGUUUCGAAAUUAACAAUUCACAUUUAACAAGCAAUAUCACUAAAUUUUACACUUAACUUAUUUAGAUAAUGGAUUCAACAUUAAGAUCAACGAAAAGAAAAACUGUUUCUAUUGAUAAGAAAAAACAAAGAUAAUGGAUUCAACAUUAAGAUCAACGAAAAGAAAAACUGUUUCUAUUGAUAAGAAAAAACAAAGGUUGUACAGUACCAUUGCAAUUAAAAAAGAUGGUGUUGCCACAAAGACAGUAGUACCUACUCACUGGAUUAAUGCAAACAAAGGUAUAGUAUGCUAUCCCCCUCGAGGAAAAAAAACUGUGGGUGUUUACUUAUCUGAGUGGGCUAGUCCAGAACCUGGCUGGCAAGAGUUUAUAUUAUUAGAAUAUAUUUUGGAGUGUGGAAGUUAUGAAACAUGUCAAGCAAUGUUAAACUUUCAAACUGAAGAUGAAAAUGAUGAUUGCCCUGUUUCAAAUAUCCUCAACCCAAUGAAGCGAGUUCCUAGUCCAAAUUUGCGUGACUUAAAGUUGAAUUGCUCACCAUCUGGUUCUUCGUCAUCAAAUCAAUUGGCUGUGCCGCUUAUAUCUCCAUGGAAAAAAGUAAGGUGAGCUGUGUAAUGCAACCAAGAAUGAAUGAAGAUUCCCAACAAUCAUCAGAUCAUGAGUUAGAUACAUAUCACUUUACAAAAACUCCAACAUCUUUCAAGACUGGUGAUGGUGGUGUUUCAUUUAAAGAAAUGACAAAUAAGCGUAAAUUUUUGCAUAAUAUUAUAGUUUGUGAUGAUCUUUAUUUCUCUAACCUAAUAAUCUUUGUCUAAUUUUAAAGCUAAUUUUAUCUCAAGUUUUAUAAAUGUUUUUUCCUGUUGGCCAUACUAAUAAGAAAUUCAUGAUUAGAGUUUCAGUAUGCCGUGCUAAUGAAACUAGAUUUGUUGCACCGUAAUCAACUUCAAGUUAUGGAACGAUUAGACAACCUGGAAACACAGUCAAAAAGUGAUACAACUGAUGUAGAUGCCAUAGUUGCAAUUCCACACAGAGAUAUUACAUGUUUUAACGAAGAAGAGAAAAAUCUCAGAGCAAGUUCUAGUUCUAGCUAUGAAAAGCAAGAUUACUCAAAUCAAAGCCAUUGGUGGUGCAACACCACGCAAAACUGUGAAAAAUGUUUUAAACCAGUUAAUGGUGCCACAAGUGCAAAACUUAUUUAGUAAAGAUGGAUUGAAAGGCAAGCUAAAGUUUACAGCUACAGAACAUUACAAGUGUAUUAAAGAAGGCUUAGUAUCCGAAAGAACUGGUUACGAUGCCGCAACCAUUGAAGCCCUUGUUGGCGAUUUAUUGAAGCGGGCAUUGCCAAAAGUGAAAUUAAUUACAGAUGUCGUUCGCGAAAAAGAAGCAACAUAAAAUAUUAGCAUUGUAUUUAUUAUUUUAAAAGGAAUUGCUUUUUACACA